AUGACGAGGGUCGGUAUCGUUGUCAGCGGGGCGGUCUGUUCGUUAGCACUCUGUUUGAGCCAGUCGGUCGCGCUCGUCGUGCAACGGCGGGCCGCUGACAGGGCUCGCAGCUCGAGCGGGCACGAGUCGUCGGCGUUGCUCGUGGCCGGUUUGGUGGCGCUGUUCGUCAGUGGGCUUGCAGAGAGAGUGGUUCAGGUGACGCUGCUGCCGCUCGUGAUGGUUGUGGUGAUGCAGAAUAGCUACCUGUUCGUGAACCCGCUGGUGGCGACGUUUGGGCUGGGGAGCGCGUACUGCAAGGCUCUGCAGCUGGCGAGCGCAGGGUUCGUGGUCAGCGGCGUUGCGCUUUCCACGUUGGCGGUCAAAGAGCACGGCGUUCUGACCCACACCACGGAGCAGCUGCUGCGGUUGUUCCAGCGCACUGCCAUCAAAGUUUGGGUUGUAUCCACGUUUGCGUUCGUGGCGGUUGUUCUGCUGUUCAAUGCAGUCCUGGAGCGCAGGCAGCAGGGCGGGGCGGCGGUUGGCGCGAAAGCUGGCACGGCUAAUGGCAUUUGCUGUGGCCUCGCAAGCGGUUUCAUCUCAGGGCAUAUGUUACUUUGGUUGAAAUGUGUGACGAUGAUCUUAGAGCGUGCCGUGUUUGUGGAUCGUGAUUUUAUGAGGGUUGUGUUUCAUUGGCAGUUCACGCUGCUGUUUGGGUCGGUUGUCGUGCUCGUUGCGUUGUACCUUGUUGCGUUUAUGUAUGCAUUGAAGUUUUGGAGUCCGUUUGUUUUGAAGUCUUUCACCACGGCUGCGGUAAGUUUUACCGCGCUGGUCGACGCCGUGCUGAUGUUCCACGACGUGGAUCGCAUGUUGUUCCUCAAAAUGUUCCCCUUCAUGUUCAUUUUCUCGAUAUCUGUCUUCAUGCUUUCGUAUACCGAGCAAAAUCAUACACUCAUGGCCGAUGAAGAAAACCCGCUCGAGCCUAACCGGACAAAAGCACUCUCUUAUGCUUCGUUGAGACCUCUUUCGAUGUAUUCCAGCACCUCGCUGACUCAUGACAGGUCAACAGACUCCAGGCAGUCUAUAAUAGUGGAUGAAACCACAGAUGAUAGUAACUACGUCUCAUUCCAUCGAAGUAGUGAGUCGGAAUACAACGGCAAUGGGUCUAAUAAGAAAAGGCCGCUCUCUUUUGAACAGGAAGAAUUGCUGGCAAAUCUCGCAUAA